AAAGGCAAAUCACAACUUAAGAGCAGCAGCAGUUCUAAACGAAGGGAAAUAUUCAGAAAGGGAAAGAAAUGGAAAAUGGAGUUGAUGAUGGUGACGAAUCCGAGGUUUCUUAUUCUUAGUCUGUCUCACACUCCAGAGAUGUAGUUUGACUCGGAGAGAUAAUCAAGCUCCAAGGAUGGAUUGUUUGGGGCCUUUUAACAAAUCUAUAGAAGAAGUUAUUACUUUUGUAUGGAAACAUGGUGUUCGACAUUUGACUUACAUUAUCCAUUAUAACAAAAAUGUUCUUGAACUUAAGGAUAGUGUUAAAGGUCUUAUAUUUGAACAAGAGAGAAUAGAUCAUGAAUGUGAUCAGGCUGCGAAAAAUCUACAAAACAUUGAAGGUAAGGUUAUUGAAUGGAUUCAAAAAGUGAGGGAAAUCAGGACCACAGUGGAGGAUUUUGAGAACAAUAAUGGCCACCAAAAGGCCCGAUUCCUCAAUUGUUAUGUUUUUCCGUACUUGUGGAAUAGACAUAGGUUAGGAAGAAAAGCAAAAAAGUUUGAACUGGAUGUUAAAAAGCUAAUUGAUGAGUCCCCCAAGUUUGAUGAAAUUUCUUACAGGCAAGAUGUAGCAUCUAAUGAUACCACAUUGUAUAAUUAUGGUUAUGUAGAAUUUGGUUCUACAAAAUCCAUAAUGGAAAAAAUAAUGACUGAACUCAAAGAUUCCUCUGUUAGAAUGAUUGGAAUAUAUGGGCCAGGUGGUGUUGGUAAGAGCACUUUAAUAAAAGAAAUUGGAAGGAAAGCUAAAGACAGUAAGUUAUUUGAUUUGGUGGUUAAAGUGGAAAUAACAGCCAACCCAAAUCUACAAAAAAUUCAAGAAGAAAUCGCUUAUGUGUUAGGAUUACGAUUGGAAGGAGAAGGUGAAAAUGUGAGAGCUGAUUGUCUACGAAGAAGGUUAAAGAAAGAAAAAGGGAACACCCUUUUAAUCUUCGAUGACCUUUGGGAAAAAUUAGACCUAAACAAGCUAGGGAUUCCACUUGAUGACGACGACGAUGAUGAUGAUUUAAGUAAUGAAAACAAGAAUCUUAAUGACCAAAAGUUGGAAAAAAACAAUGAUAAAAAGGAUCCUAGUCGCAAAGUAUUGAAAACAGAAAAAAUCCGUAGUGGUCACAAAGGGUGCAAAAUUUUGCUAACUUCACGGGAUAAAAAAGUGUUGUGUGUUGACAUGAAUGUAAAGUCGACUUUUUUCCUGAAGGCAUUGGAUGAAAAAGAUGCUUUGGUGUUGUUUCAAAAGUUGUCCGGUAUACAUAAUAAAAUGUCUGACUCUAAACAAGAAAUUGUGAUGAAGUAUUGUGCAGGGUUACCCAUGGCAAUAGUUUCAGUUGCAAGGGCAUUAAGAAACACGAGUGAGUCAGUUUGGGAAGCUACAAUGGAACAACUUAAAAAGCAAUAUUUGGUUGGAGAGCAAACACCAAUGGAUAUUUCAGUGAAGGUGAGUUAUGACCAUCUUGAAAAUGAAGAAAUCAAGUCUAUUUUCUUACUUUGUGCUCAAAUGGGCCAUCAACCACUAAUUAUGGACUUACUGAAAUAUUCUUUUGGGUUGGGUAUACUUGAAGGGGUGUCCUCUAUUUGGGAAGCUCGGGACAUAAUUAAGACAUCAAUCCAAAAGCUAAAAGACUCAGGCUUGCUGUUGGAUGAAAGUUCUAAUAAUCAUUUCAAUAUGCAUGACAUGGUUCGAGAUGCUGCUUUGUCUAUAGCACACAAGCAUCACAAUGUUUUUACUUUGAGAAAUGGAAAACUUGAUGAUUGGCCCGAACUUGAAAGUUGCACUUCUAUUUCUAUAUGCAACAGUGAUAUCAUUGAUGAGUUUCCUGCAUUCAUAAAUUGUCCUCAACUUAAAUUUUUCCAAAUAGACACUAAAGAUCCCUCUUUGAAAAUACCUGAGGGUUUUUUUACAGCAAUGAAAAAUAUGAGAGUUUUAAUAAUGACUGGUUUUCAUAUGUCAAAAUUACCAUAUUCAAUUCAAUGCCUGUUCAAACUCAGAAUGCUUUGUUUGGAGCAAUGUACUUUAGAUUGCAACUUAUCUAUGGUAGGACAACUGAAAAAAUUAAGAAUUCUCAGCUUCUCUGGAUCUCAACUUAAAAGUUUGCCAGCCGAGUUACAAUGCUUGGAUAAGUUACGACUGCUAGACAUUAGCGAUUGUUCUAAAUUGAACAUUAUUCCACCUAAUCUUAUAUCGAGUUUGACGUGUUUGGAAGAGCUAUAUAUAAGAAAAAGCUUGAUCAAAGUGUUGGAGGAAGAAGAGACCAACAAAGGUCAAGAUUUGUUUCUUUCUGAACUAAGGAAUUUGCAUCAAUUGAAAGUGGUGGAUUUAAGCAUCUCAUGUGUGUCACUUUUACCCAAUCACUUGUUUUUUGACAGUUUAAAAGAUUAUAAGAUUGUGAUUGGACACUUUGAAUCAUUUUCUGUUGGAGAAUUUAGGAUGCCCGAUAAGUUUGAAGCAUUCCGAGUUCUGGCAUUGCAACUGAAGGAUGACAUUGACAUUCACUCACAAGAAAGUAUAAAGUUCUUGUUUAAAACAGUACAAAGUUUGUUGUUGGGAAAGAUAGCUGGUGUUGAAAAUGUUGUCAAUGACUUGAAUAUAGAAGGAUUUCCAGAUUUGAAACACUUAUCCAUCGUAAAUAACAAUGAAAUCAAAUAUGUCAAUUCAACAAAAUUGUCUAAUUAUGCGAAUGUUUUUCCAAAUUUGGAAUCUUUGCGUAUUUACAAUUUGGAGAAUUUAGAGAUGAUAUGUAAUGGUCCAGUUACAGUUGCGUCAUUUGAUAAAUUAAAAGCCAUCAAAGUUGAGAUGUGUUACCAAUUGAAGAAUCUCUUCUCCUUUAACAUGAUUAAAUAUCCUAUUGGUGCAGAAAUAAGUGAGAUUUCUGAAUGUAGUUCUUACAUGAAUAAAUUUCUUACUAGUAUAGAAAUGAUUGAGGUUUGUGAAUGUGGAUCAUUAAAGGAGAUCCUUCAAAUACCAAUGGAUUACGGUAAGGUUGAGUUGCUUAAGUUGCACACUCUGUCACUUCAAUCGUUACCAAAAUUUACAUGUUUCUAUACCGAAGUGAAGAAGUCUUUCUGGCCACCUUUAACAGAGGCUCAAACUACAAAUAGAGAUGUCACAGAAAGUACUAUUCAAGAUGACCAUAGUGAGCAGAAGCCUCUUUUUUCCGGUGAACUAGUUGAAAUUCCAAACUUAGAGAAAUUGACUUUAUCCUUACUCAACAUUCGUAAGAUAUGGAACAACCAACACUCAUCAAGUUCCUACUUUCAAAACUUGAUAAAAUUAGUAGUGAAAGAUUGUGAUAAAUUGACAUAUCUAUGUUCAUCAUCUAUGGCUAGCAGUUUGAAGAAAUUGAAAAGUCUUGUAAUAAGUGGGUGUUCGAGUAAGGAGAAAAUUUUUGAGAUAGAAACAAUUAGUGAAGACAAGGUCUGUGUCUUCCCUAAGUUGGAGGAAAUUUGUCUUAACCAAAUGAAUAGGCUAACAAAUAUAUGGCAAACUGAAGUGAGUGUUGAUUCUUUUUCUAGUCUCACUUUGGUGAAAAUUGAAAACUGCAAUAAAUUGGAAAAUAUUUUUCCUAGUCAUAUGGAAGGAUGGUUUGAAAGUUUGAUCAACGUGGAAGUUUCUAAAUGUAAGUCUGUGAAAGAGAUUUUUGAAAUCAAUGAUUUGCAAGAAAUAGAUGAAUUUGGUGGGAUAGAUACAAAUUUGCAUGUUAUUCUUCUUGAAAACCUCCCAAAGUUGAAGAAGUUGUGGAGCAAAGAUCCAAAUGGAAUUCUCAACUUUCAUAAGUUGCGGACCGUAGAGGUAUCUCAUUGUGAUGAACUGAGGAAUUUGUUUCCAGCUUCUAUGGCAAAGGAUAUAUCAAAUCUUGAACGCAUGUCAGUAUUGUAUUGUGAAAAAAUGGUGGAAAUUGUUGCAAGUAAAGGUGCAUCAGAAGUUAACAAUGAUCCAUUAGUGUUUCCUGAACUAAGCUAUGUGAGAUUGUAUUCACUAUCAAACAUCAAGCAUUUCUACAAGGAGAGACAUCUUAUAAAGUGCCCAAAUUUAAAGGAGUUCAGUGUGGUGCAGUGUGUGAAGCUUAAAAUAUUUUCCAAAGAAAUCAGUAGAACAACAAACAAAGAAGAAAGAUGUAUUUUCUCAGCUGAAGAGGUAUUGUCGAAUUUGGAGUACAUGGAAAUUAACUUCAACCAAGCACAAAACUUACUACCCAACUAUCAAAUGCACAAUCUAAAAGAGCUUAGUUUAAUUUAUGUCACAAGUGUCGAUCUUUUCUACCAGUUUUCGUACAUAAUGCCGAAUCUAGAAAAGUUGAAAUUGACUUCCUAUUAUCCAGAUGAAGAGUCAGAGUCAAAUGGAGACAUUGCACACAAGAAAAGAUUGGUGAUCGUAUUACAGUUGGAGGAACUAGUUUUGUUGUUUUCAACGAUAAAGGAUCUAGGAUUGGAACGAGUUCCAAUUCUACAGAGACUAAAGCUUUUGAAAUUAGAAUAUUGUGAGAAAUUGAGCAAUUUAGGUCUUCCUUUUGUAUCGUUGAGUUACUUGACAUAUUUGGAACUAAAGUCAUGUCAAGGAUUAAGAAACUUAAUGGCAUCCUCCACGGCCCAAAGCAUGGUUCAACUUAAGACUAUGAAGGUAAUCAACUGUAAUAAUUUAAAGGAAAUAGUAAGCAAUGAGAAAAACGAAGAAGGCAAAGUGAAGAAAAUUGUAUUCAGCAAAUUGAUCUCUAUAGAACUUGUGAGGUUAGAAAACCUCGCAAGUUUUUGCAGUUACAAGGACUAUGAAUUUGAAUUUCCAUCACUGGAAAUAUUGAUUAUAAGAGAAUGCAUGAAGAUGGUAAAAUUCAGUGAGAGAGAGCCAAUAGUACCAAAGUUAAAGGAUGUAUUUGGUGUGGAAGGAGAUGAAAAAGCAAAAUGGCAAUGGGAAAGUGACUUGAAUGCCACCAUACAAAAAGUUUUUAAUGAAAAGGUCAGUUUCGCAUAUAGUGAAGAUCUGUGGCUUGAUGAAUUUAUUAUAGAGCAACUAUGGCAUAGCAGUGAUUGGGUGCGGCAAAAGAGCUUUGGGUAUUUGAAAAAAUUGAGUGCAUGGGGAUGUGAUAGUCUAGUGCAUAUAAUUCCAUCUCAUUUGCUUUCUUGCUUUCACAAUUUGGAAGAGUUAGAAGUAGGGUAUUGCGAUGCACAGGUCAUCUUUAAUAUCAGCGAUGAGAACAGGGUCACAAAAGCUUCCGGAAUAUUCCAUCUGAAAAAACUAUCUGUAGAAUUUCUACCAGAACUGGAGCAUGUAUGGGACAAGGAUCCGGAGGGAAUUAUUGGCCUUCAAUUCCUUAAGGAAAUAAGUGUUAGUUAUUGUUGUAGUCUUAGAAGCUUGUUUCCAGCAUCAGUGGCCAAGGAUCUGACCAGACUUCAAGUGCUUGAAGUAAGAAAGUGUGAAGAAUUGGAAGAGAUAUUUAUGAAGAAUGAAAGGAGUGAAGAAGAAGAAGGAUCAACACAAGAGUCUGUGUUUCAUCGUCUCACCACAUUGAGGCUAGAAGAAUUGCCAAGCCUCAAAUACUCUAUCCACUACUCCAAAAAACAGGUGAGUACAUCAAAUUUGGGUGAGAGAGAUAUACAAGAGUUAUGUCUUGGCUCACGACACAUCCCAAACUCCAACUUCAGUUUCUUGGAAUCUCUAACUAUGGAUGGUUGCGAGUUUUUAUCAUAUGUAGUUCUACCAUUCAGUUUGCUUCCUUUCUUAACUAGUUUGGAAACGUUAGAAGUUCGAAACUGUGAUUCUGUGAAAUCCAUUUUUGAUGUCAAAUGUACAGCACAAAGCAGAGAUGUGACAUCUAUAGGGCAAACACUCCCUUUCUCUCUGAAGAAAUUAACUAUAUCGAAACUGCCAAAUCUGAAGAAUGUUUGGAAUGAAGAUCCUCAAGUAAUUGUAAGCAUGAACCAUUUACAAGAAGUUUGUGUUGAGAAAUGUGAAGGCCUUACAAGUGUGUUUCCAGCAUCAAAAGACAAAUAUCUUUUGAAACUUGAAAAUCUAGUAGUGAAAGAAUGUAAAGGAUUGUUGACUAUUUUUGCAGAGGAUAAUAUAAAUCCAAGAACAAAGCUAGAGCUUAAAAUUUCAUGUCCCUUUGUGAGAUCAUUGCAACUAAGGGAUUUACCCAACUUGAAAUAUUUUUACUACAGCUCACUGUAUUGUGACAUUUUUACAGAUCUAGAAUCACAUACCGAGAAUCAAGUCGGUUCUGGAAAGUUAUUCAAGUGUUUGUCAUUGGGGCAAAGUGGAGUAGAUAUGAUUUUGCAAGGAGAAUUUAAGAGAAACGUCCUACACAACAUAAAAGCACUUACUCUCUGCUUGGGUUCGGAUGUAUUUCGAUAUAAAAUUCUAGAACAGGUUCCUAAUUUAGAGAAACUUGUGGUGUGUGAUAGCUCCUUCAAGAAGAUGUUCUGUCGUGAAAGUCCUGAUAAUGUGUUACAGCAGCUGAAAGUAUUACAGUUGGAGUCCCUUGGAGAGCUGGUUUCCAUUGGGCUAGAGAACUCUUGGACUGAUUCCUUUGUCAGAAACUUAGAAACCUUUGAAGUCAUUAGAUGUUCAAGUUUAAAAAACUUAGUAGCAUGCACAGUUUCUUUCUCCAAUCUGACAUAUUUGAAAGUAUAUGGUUGCCAUAGCUUAUCAUAUUUGUUGACAUCCUCAACAGCGAAGUGUUUGGGUAAACUCAAAAGAAUGGACAUAGAAGGGUGUAAUUCAAUUGAAGAGAUAGUGUGUAAGGAAGAUGGGGAGGAAUCAGAUGAGGAUGAGAUAAUAUUUCCGCAGCUCACUUGUUUGAAUUUUCAUCGGCUAUGGAAGCUCAAAAGGUUCUACAGAGGGAGUUUAGGUUUUCCAUCCUUGGAGGAACUGUCAAUAACAUAUUGCGAUGAGAUGAUAACUUUAUGUGUGGGUACUAUAGUGGCAAGCGAGUUGUCUGAAGCAAGAAUUGAUUCCGAAGAGGUUAUUCCAUUGGGAACCGAGCUCAACUCUGUAUUGUGGGAGAUAUAUCUCAGAAAGAUGCAAAGGGAAUCAUGGAUUGAUCUCAAAAGUAGACCAGAACUACAUGAGAUAUGGCGUGGCUCGCUGCCUAUACCCAACUUCUGUUUCAGUGAGUUGGACACAUUGACUGUGGACGACUGUCAGUUUUUAUCAGAUGCAGUUCUACCCUUCCAUUUAUUUCCUUUAUUACCUAAAUUGAAAACAUUGGAAGUUAAAAACUGUGAUUCUGUCAAAACAAUAUUUGAUGUAAAAUGUACAACAAAAGACACAUCAAUUACUUUUCCUUUGAAGAAAUUGGUAUUAUCGAAGUUGCCAAAUCUGGAGAAUGUUUGGAAUGAAGAUCCUCAUAGAAUUUUAUGCAUGCAACCUCUAAAAAUAAUAGAAGUUAAGGUAUGUAAAAGCCUUAAAAGCGUGUUUCCAGUAUCUGCAGCCAAAUAUCUUGAACUUGAAGAUCUAGUAAUGGAAGAGUGUGAGAGAUUGGUGACAAUUGUUGAAGAGAAUAAUACAGAUCCAAAUAUACAGCUUACGCUUCCCUGUCCCUACCUGGGAUCAUUGAAAUUAUGGAGAUUGCAAAAGUUCACGUACUUUUAUUACUGCUCACACAAGUCUGACAUUUAUACGCAUCUGGAAUCACCUACCGAACAUCAACUUCCUAAUGAAAAGUGCUUGUCAGUUGGAGAAAAUGGAAUGAAGAUGAUUUUGCGAGGAGAAUUCGAGAGAAAGCUCUUAGACAACUUAAAAGCUCUUACUCUAUGCUUUGGUUCAGAUGUAUUUCGAUGUAAAAUUCUAGAACAGGUUCCCAAUAUAGAAAAACUUGUGGUGUGUGAUGGUUCCUUCAAGAAGAUGUUCUGUCGUGAAAGUCCUGAUAAUGUGUUACAGCAGCUGAAAGUAUUACGGUUGGAGUUUCUUCUUGAGCUGGUUUCCAUUGGACUAGAGAACUCUUGGACUGAUUAUUUUGUCAGAAACUUAGAAAUCUUGGAAGUCAUUAAUUGUCCGAGUUUAAAAAACUUGGUAUCAUCCACAGUGUCUUUCUCCAAUCUGAGGUGUUUGAAAGUAGAAAAUUGCCAUAGCUUAUCAUAUUUGUUGACAUUCUCAACAGUGAAGCGUUUGGGUCAACUCAAAAGAAUGGAGAUGAAAGAUUGUGAUUCAAUUGAAGAGAUAGUGUGUGAGGAAGAUGGGGAGGAAUCAGAUGAGGACGAGAUAAUAUUUCCGCAGCUCAUAUCUUUGAAUCUUGAUAGCUUAUGGAAGCUCAAAAGGUUCUACAGAGGGAGUUUAGGUUUCCCAUCCUUGGAGGAACUGUCAUUAACAUAUUGCGACAAUAUGAUAACUUUAUGUGUAGGAAGCAUAGAAGCAGACAAGUUGUCUCAAGUUAAAAUUGAUGAGUUCUCAGAUGCUAUUCAAUUGGAAACCGAGCUCAACUCUAUUAUGAGAAAGGAAUAUCUAAAAAAGAAUACACUAUGGGAAUUCCAAAAUAGUCUUGAAUUCAGAGACAGGGAAGACCUACAAGAGAUAUGGCGUGUCUCACUGCAGAUCCCACACUUCUGCUUCAGUUACUUGGAAACCUUAAUUGUGAAUGGGUGCCAAUUUUUAUCAUAUGUACUUCCCUUCACUUUGCUUCCUUUAUUACCUCGUUUGGAAACAUUGGAAGUUGGAAACUGUGAUUCUGUCGAAACCAUAUUCGAUGUCAAAUGUGUACACGACAGAGCCACUUUUCCUCUGAAGACAUUACUUUUAUUGAAACUGCCAAAUCUGGAAACCCUUUGGAAUGAAGAUACAGAUGAGAUUGUUACACAGACUAAUCCACCUCAUCCAGAAGGAACAAAUCCUAAACUUACGUUCCCCAGUCUGUCGUCAUUGACAAUAUGCGAUUUGCCCAACUUCAAGCAUAAUACUAUAUAUUGCAUUCAUGAUGCUGCAACACCAACAUUUGAGUUAAUUAUGCCCAACUUAGAGCAUCUGACAGUAGGUAAAGAUGAACUAAAGAAGAUUGUGGAUGGAGAAUUUCAUAGAAACCUUUUAGACAAGUUAAAAGUUCUCGGUCUGUGCUUUGAUAUUGAGUGUGAUGAAUUUCCGGGGUAUAGAUUUCUACAACAGUUGCCAAAUGUAAAGAAGCUUGUGGUGUGUGACAGUUCCUUUAAAGUGAUUUUCUGCGAUCAAAGACCCAAUAAUAGUGAAUUUCUGUCACAACUGAAAGAAUUACGGUUGGAGUCCCUACAAGAGCUAGUUUGGAUUGGGUUAGAGAACUCGUGGACUGAGGCCUUUGUCAGAAAACUAGAAAUUUUUGAAGUCAUUAGCUGUUCCAGUUUGGAAAACUUAUUAACAUGCAGAGUGUCUUUCUCAAAUCUGACACGUUUAAAAGUAGAAAAUUGUGAUGGCUUAUCAUAUCUGUUGACAUCCUCAACAGCCAAAAGUUUAGGUCGACUUCAAAGAAUGGAGAUAGAAGAGUGUAAAUCAAUUGAAGAGAUAGUAUCUAAAGAAAGGAAAGAAUCAGAUGAGGAUGAGAUAAUGUUUCCGCAGCUCAGUUUUUUGAAUCUUAAAUAUUUGUCGAAUCUCCGGUGGUUCUACAGAGGGAAUUUAAGUUUCCCAUCCUUACAAGAAUUAUCAGUGAUAUGUUGUGAUGAGAUGGUAACUUUAUGUCCAAAUACGCUAAAAGCAGAGAAGUUGUCUGAAGUAAUAUUUGAAGAAGUAAUAUUUGAAGAAGUUAUUCUUCCACUGGAAACUGAUCUGAUUUCUACUAUGCGAAAGGAAUUUGGAAGAAAGAUUUCAGAGCUUGGCGAACUAGAUCUCAAAAGUAGGCCAAGACUACAAGAGAUAUGGCAUGGCUCACUGCAUAUCCCCGACCUCUGUUUCAGUAAGUUGGCAACUUUGAUUGUGGAUGACUGCCAGUUUUUAUCAGAUACAGUGCUACCAUUUCCUCUACUUCCUUUAUUACCUAAAUUGGAAACAUUGCAAGUUCGAAAUUGUGAUUCUGUCAAAACCAUAUUUGAUGUCCAAUGCACAACAAAAGACAAAGUAAUUACUCUUCCUCUGGAAAAAUUUACUCUAUCGAACUUGUCAAAUCUAAAGAAUGUUUGGAACAAAAAUCCUCAUGGAAUUCUACGAAUUCACCAUCUACGACAAGUACAUGUUACGAAAUGUAAAGACCUUACAAGCGUGUUUCCAGCAUCAGUAGCCAAAGAUCUUUGGAAACUGGAAGAUCUAGUAGUGGAAGACUGUGAGGGAUUGAUGGCAAUUGUUGCAGAUGAAUCUGAUGAGGAUGAAGAAGUUAUAUUUGAUCGGCUUCAGGUUUUGGAGCUUAAAAAAUUACAAGAGCUGAGGUGCUUUUACGCUGGUAAUUUCACUUUAAGGUUUCCAUCCUUGAAGGAAGUCCACGUCAUCGAGUGCAGCUCCAUGAGAACUUUCAGCGCAGUCAGCAAAAUAGAUCAUUUGAUAAAGUGGUAUUAUUCAGAACAUGCGAGACCCCGAAAGGAGGAUAAUCUUAAUUAUGCUGUACGCAGAACUUCUGAAGAAGAGGUUUAAACAGGCUCCAGAUGUUUCUAAUGUCAUCAUUUCAGUUCUUCAAUAAUUCAUAUACCGAUGAAGAUAGUGAACAUGGUGAUGAUUAAUUAGAAGCAGUAUUUUCACAGCAUUGCAUCAUGAUUACGUCUGAUUACGUUGAGUUUGUGUUACCGCCUCCAAUAUUGCAGUGAUUAAGAGGAGAUUGAAGGCUUAAAGAGUGGAUGAACGUGUCCGUAUUUUAUUACGUGUGAUUGUGUUUUCAAAAAAUAAAAGACAAAUUGUGUUGUUCUACCUAGUUCAAAAUGUAUUGACUGUAUUCACUAAAUAUUGACUGUAUUCACACGUGUGGUUAUGCUGGUAAAAAAAAUAUAUUA